AUGUCGGUGUGCGCGAAACGGAGACCGGUCCACAAUAUAAUUGCCUUCCUGUCGCGAUUCCUCGCGCUGUUCGCGCUCGUAGAAAGUACAACAUUGCCGUCGAACAUGUUACUGGACCUUAACAGACGAACGAACGUUUCCAUGGAGAAGUACCACGAAGCAGAACGGGCGAUUCUGAACUCGCAAACGCGUCUAACUUAUGGUUCACCGUCGUGGUUCCUGAGCGCGUCCCACGCGAUGACCGAGCACGCGCAAAAUCUAUCGAGGAAGGCUCUACGAAUCGAAACAAUGGCCGCCAUGUUGGUGGAGGCCUUAAACAUGUCCUCGAAAGAGGCAUCCUCCGUCCUGCCUUCCGUGGCGGCCAUCAACUGUCCCGAGUCGUCCAGCUUUUUGCAAGUAAUGACCACUUGCAGAGGGGUCGAUGCACGCUACAGAACGCACACCGGAAAAUGCAAUAAUGGGUUGCAUCCAUCUUGGGGCGCCGCUCUGGAGGCUUACGUGAGAUUCCUACCGCCGGAAUACGUGGACGGGGUCUCUCUGCCACGAACAGAUUUACCUAGCGCCAGAGACGUCUCCUCGAGAGUUCAUUCCGGCGGAUUGGAUCUCAAACAUCCCUAUUUGAUGGCCCUGACAGCGCUGUUCGGUCAGUUUCUCAUUCACGAUCUGGCCCACACGCCUAAGAUGGAACUGCCAGACGGUACUAAAUUGAAGUGCUGCGACGUGGACUACGAACACUUUCAUCCCGAAUGUUUUCCCAUAAGGGCUGACAAUGCUAUAGGGUGCAUGGAGUACUCGAGAUCCGCUCCACACCCUGGCAAUUCGCUACAGGGCUGCAAAUUGGGUCCUAGACAGCAGAUCAACCAAGCAUCGUCGUACUUAGACCUUUCCCCGGUUUACGGGAGUUCGGAGGACAUAGCGAAAGCCCUGCGAUCCGGGAAGGGCGGGUUGCUUAAUACGCAGAGGAAGAAUUUGCCCAUGCCUUCGCCCAAGUACGAAAGUUGCAGAAGCGCGAACAAAGCUUUCCCGUGUUUUCUUAGCGGGGAUUCACGGGUAAACGAGAACCCCGGUCUCACUCUAAUGCACGUACUUUUUCUACGGGAACAUAACCGAGUCGCUACACAGCUGGGACAACUGAAUCCUCACUGGGACGACGAGAGACUCUACCAGGAAGCAAGAAGGAUCGUUAUCGCGGAAAUGGAGCAUAUAACUUAUAACGAGUUUCUGCCCGUUGUUCUCGGCGAAACGAGCCUCAACAAGUAUCAAUUGCGCUUGUUACAAAGAGGUUACUACCGUGGCUACGAUACCCGGACAGAUGCGACACUUUCGAACGCUGUUGCGUCCGCUGGACUCUUCUUCAUUGCCGCGCUGACCCCAAAAACCCUCGACCUGGUUGACUCACGAUCGGCGUUAAAGUCUGGAGAAAGGUCCUUACUAUCGGCCUUCUACGCUCCCCAGGAGUUUUAUGAAGCCGGUGCUAUUGAUCGUCUGAUCUCCGGUGCUACAGCGGGACAUUCUAGGAAGCCUUUACCGCCAGGAUUGAAUGAAAUUCUGUUGGAACGAUACUUCCACGAUGGAAAAAGCAACGAUAUCGCCGUGGAUUACGCCGCGCAAAUUAUACAGCAAGGAAGGGAUCACGGUUUGCCACCUUACGUCAGAUGGCGAACAUUUUGCGAUUUACCGGAGAUCAAUAAUUUUGAAGAUCUCAGGGGAUCGAUGACCAAAGACACCACGAAUAGGCUUCGAGCAGUUUACAAAAAUGUGCAGGACAUAGAUCUGGUAACAGGAGCACUCUCGGAAGCACCCGUGUGGGACUCGGUUCUGGGACCAACAUUUCUUUGUUUAUUGGGCCGUACGUUUCGAAAUCUCCGUCUAGGCGACAGGUAUUGGUACGAAAAUGCAAAUAGUCCAGGUUCGUUUUCCCUGGAUCAAUUAGAAGAAAUAAGGAAAAUUACGAUGUCGCAAAUUUUGUGCUACAAUGGCGACAGACUGAACUUAGUGCAACCAAGAGCGUUUCUUCUGAAAGAUCGUUUCUUAAACGAUAUGACAAAUUGCUCCAUACACUUGAUCGGAUCGCCCAAUUUUUCAUCGUGGAAGGAAAAGAACACUUCGUAACUUUUAUCCGAGUUACACUUAACUGUAUAACUAUGUAUACUUAACUGUACAUAACAAAU